CAGCUGACAGCCGUACUUUAAAUUUUCACAAAACACAAAGCUGGCAUAAAAGAAAAAUUUAUUUGUUAAGGAAUUUGCGCAAUUUUAAUAUUAAAACAUUCAAAUUAUUGAGAGCUUUGCAAAAAAUAAUGGACUCUUCUAUCGAUGACAACGUUUCGUGGCGUGGCUGUUCUAUGGAUGAAAUCCAUCGCUAUCUCAACGAAUUCGAACUGGAGCAUGUCCCACCAGUUCGCCCUUCCGACCAUGAUUCAGUUCUGUAUCACUUCCCCAUACGUUGUGAUACCACCGAAGCUCCACGCCCUCUCAAAGGACAAGAUAAAUGGGAUGCAAAUCACGUCCGCUUGCCAUGUUCUUCACGAAGUCAAUAUCCAAUUGUUGGCGAUGAGGGCAAUGUUACCAUCGAACGCCGCUGGAAGAUGGUAGAGCAGGCUUUACUUCGACCCAUUAAAACCAGCCAAGAACUCGAAGAUGCCGUCUUAUCGUAUAACUCCAAGUACAGUGACCUUUGGAACUUCCAAUCUCUGCAUCAACUUUUCGAGGAAGAACUCGAUGAAUCUGAAUCGAAAGAGUUUUUCGAUAAUAUCCUGCCGAAGAUUAUUCGUCUAGCUUUGCGUCUGCCUUCGAUUGUUCCUUGUGGGAUACCGUUGCUCAAGCAGGGACAAAAUAGGUCGCUAUCGCUAACCCAACUGCAAGUAGCCUGUUUGCUGGCAAACGCGUUCUUGUGCACGUUUCCCAGGCGGAACACAACCAAACGCAAGUCGGAGUACAGCACAUUUCCUGACAUAAACUUCAACCGGCUCUUCCAGUCGAGGGGACAGUCGGUCAUCGAGAAAAUUAAAUGCAUAUGUCACUAUUUCAAGAGAGUCUGCAAUCGUACUCCCACAGGAGUGGUGACAUUCAUAAGACGCAGCAUUCCAACCGCCGAUCUACCCAACUGGUCCUACAUCGAAGCCCCUUUGGCAGUGACCCCACUACACAUCACGUCCUGCGGAACGAUAGAAGAUCAGGGUCGUGGUUUGUUGCAAGUUGAUUUUGCAAAUAAAUUUCUAGGGGGCGGAGUUCUUGGCCAUGGUUGCGUCCAGGAGGAGAUCCGCUUUAGCAUCUGUCCAGAGCUGCUUAUAAGCAAACUAUUCACAGAGUGCUUGAGGCCAACAGAAGCGUUGAUAAUGGUCGGCUGUGAGAGAUACAGCAACUACAAGGGCUACUCCAACUCGUUUGUGUGGGAUGGGGACUUUGAAGACGACACACCUCUCGAUAGUAGUCGUCGAAAAAGUAUUCAUAUUGUGGCAAUCGACGCCCUGCCCUUUGCAAAAACCUCCCACCAGUAUCGAGAGGAUCUCAUGUUGAGAGAACUGAACAAAGCCUAUGUGGGCUUUAUUCACCCACUUGACACAAUUGCACCCGGAGUCGCGUCUGGGAACUGGGGUUGUGGUGCAUUUGGAGGAGAGGCGACUCUCAAAGCUUUAUUGCAAUUGAUGGCCUGCACUGUGGCCAAGAGACCGCUGGUAUACUUCACAUUCGGCGACGAAAAGCUCCGAGACUCAGUCCACCAAAUUCAUACGUUCUUCAUCGAAAACAAUGUAACCGUCAAAGAGUUAUGGCGGUAUUUGAAGAAGUUCCAAGAGCAGAAAUUGGCACCGAGUGCCCUGUAUGAUUUCAUCUGCACCUGUCACACAGAUCGCCACUCUAGCAACCAAGGACCGAGCAGUAGCCGCAAACAACGUGGCACAUUCGUCAAAACCCCAACUAAAGAACAAACCGAACCAGUAUCCAGCUCAAAAUCGAAUCAACAACGUACAAAGGACAAAGAUGCAGCUAGUAGUAGCGGCAGUACACCGUCAGUAUUGUCUCCAGAUCUCUUCGACGAGCACAGUGAGGACGAUAUGCUGGCGGCUGUUGCAGAGAAACUCGAAGCAGAACUGGUGGCAAUUGACACAAACUCAGACGAAGAAACCAGCAAAAACAGCAGCAGCAAAGCUAAGGAAGCAGCCUCCCCCAAAACGUUGCUACCAAAAAGUAGCGAAAAGAAAUCCAAACUCAAACAAACUUCUCUGUUGGAGAUGUUAGACAGGUGCUAUACCGGAGAUAGUCCUCUUAAAAGACGUCGUGGAGAAGCGGAAAAUUUUUAAUUAAUUAAAAAAAAAAACUUCAAAACAAAAACAAGCUAAAAAAACACUUAGUUACUUGUGUUCGGUCAAUAAUAGUUUUAAAAACAAAAUUAGUAAGUUACUUAUUGGGAACACUUACUAAGCUAUUUACUGUACUCUCUGUGGUUCUCUCUAAUGCAACCAAAACAGACCAACCCAGAAGUUGAAGUUCUGUGUGAUUGUUUUUACUUUUAAUUUGUUAAUCAAUGUUGCUAGAACAAUAAAACAAACAUAAUUUUUUAGUUAUAUUUCAAAAUUGAA